AUGAAGUACGCCGGAGAGACUGCGUACAUCACUGGUGGUGCGAGCGGGAUCGCUCGUUCGCUCACAGCAGACCUCGCUGCCAAGGGGAUGAAGAUCUUCAUUGCUGAUCGCAAUAUCGAAGCUGCAGAGCAGGUGGCCAAGGAACUGAACUCUGCUGCCGGCUCCCAGGUCGUCUGGCCUGUGCAAGUCGAUGUAGCGGAUUGGGAAUCACAGCGCCGGGGGUUUGAGGCCGCGGUGGCGGAGCUGAACCAUAUCGAUUAUGUCUUUCCCAUCGCUGGCAUCUCCGAAGUCCCCUGGCUUUCAAAGGAAGCCGGCAAAGGAUCUUCCGGGUUUGAGAAGCCCAACCUGGUAGUGUUUGAGGUCAAUGCCUACGGUCCCUUGUACACCACGGCUCUGGCCAUCCAGCAAUUCCGCCGGCAGAAGCUCAACAAGUAUGGCUUUUGCGGCAAGAUAAUCAGCGUCUCCUCUGGUUGUGGCUUUUACUAUAUCCCAACGCUGCCCAUCUACACGACGGCAAAGCAUGGCAUUGUCGGCUUUACGAGAGCAUUUGGAAAGUAUCUGCCCCGGGAGAACAUCACGCUAAACACUAUAUGCCCCAAUAUCGUUGAGACUGGUAUUUCAACGGGGCCAUUUUACGAUAAGGCUAGGGCGAGGGGGCUCCUCAUCACUCUGGAAUCUAUGACAAAGGCUUUUGAUCAUCUCAUGGGCGAGAGCGUUGUGUCGGGAGAGGCCAUAGAGUUAUUGCCUGGGGAUGACGGCUUUAGAGUUAAGGAGGCACCGGAGUUCACCAACGAUAUCGCUAGGGCUGGUGUCGAGCUGGCCACCGCCCCGGACCACAGGGCUUGGAAGCUUCAUGAGCCGAUCCUGAAUUAG